CUCAGACACCCAACAGAAGCGGCGACAGCGGACACGGGCCGAGUCGUGCGCCCUGCGGACUUCCAGCCCGCGUCCUCUACCACGCUGGUGUGGAGACGCACUCCUGUCAAACCUGGUGAUGAGGCGCGUCGCUCCCGCUAGAAGUUACAUCUGCGGUCUUCUGAAGUUAAGGCAGUGAUGGACAAAGGGGGGCAGAGCAGCCGGUGCAGCAAGUAGCGCAGGCUGAGAAACAGCGAGAGACAGGAGAAGCAUUUUCCCCCUUCCUGCAUUGCUGAUUCCCUGAUAUCCGGAGGUCGCAGGUGGUUAGGAGGCGACCUCGGACAGUAAACGGCGGGGGCCACACAGAGUGAGCGGCGCCCUCUGCUGGGCGGAGGGUCUGAGCCUCGCUAUCCUACCCCCUGGCCUGGCGAUGCCCCUCUUCAGCUGGAGGAAGCGCCCCCCUGUGGAGGAGGUGCGGGGCGGCCCACUGCUGCACCAACUGCUGUGGCACGUGGAGGAGCGUGAGCAGCGCCGCCGCCCGGCUCGUGGCAUCCAGCCGGCGACCCCACAGCCCCUCGUGGCCCCCCAGGACCGCCAACAGCUGGAGCUGCUCUGUGCUCAAGUGCCGCCGGCUCACGCAGCCGCCGUGCUCUCCAGGGUCAAGGAGGUGCUGGCCAGUACCAGCUUACUUCCCUGGGAGCUGGUCUACGUCUUUCAGCAGGUACUGCGAGAUUUCCUCUGCAGGGAGGAGGUGGAGGAGGCGGGGCCUGCGCUGGCCUGGGCCAGUCGCUGUCCGGGAAAGCUGGGCUCAGGAUCAGCCACGGCGCCGGAGUGUCCAAACCCACAAAGGGAGGAGAUCCCCACCAUCUCCAGCCAGGUGGAGCGCAGCAUGCGCUGGGCUCGGCCUUACGAGGCCCAGAGGGACUGGGACCUCCCUUAUUACUGCCCAGCCCCCCAGUGCUGCUCACAGGCUUACAGCACUGCUUUGUGAGGGCCCCUCCUCCUUACGUCUGGCCUCUCCUCUGUACACCUCUAACCAAAUUCUUGGCCUAUAGCACUGCACUCCUCCCUGAAUAGGCCCUGGCUCCGCCCCUUCAAGGCCACACCCUCAUGGAGUUCCAGGCAACAGGCUAGCAAGUUCUCCUAAUAAUUGGCCCCCAAACACAAGACUUGCGGUCAGGUUGCUCCUAUACCAAACCUGCCCUUAGUUAUGUAAGGAGCUGCUCCUCUCAGACCUCCGAGAGCCUGGGGUUGGUACCGCGUGUGGCAGCUUAGGGUGGAUGUCACCAACUGGGCCUGUGGAACCUCCGACCUGUCUGUGGACCUCAGUACACCUGGACCAAAGCAGUAGACAAACCUUCUAUGCCUUGGGAGUGUCUAAGCCUCCCCACAGGUGGCUGUAGAGCCCCUACUCCCUCAGCCCUAAGGCUCUUCCUCCUGACGGUAGAUGGUGAAAGUUGUCCUUUUGAUACCUGUCUGCUGUCUUUCAGCAAACACUGUUUAUCUACAGUACCAGCAUGCAGGAGAAUAGUACAGUAUAGUAAUGAAGUGUGAAGUAAGCUAUUUAUUUUUUUAAUGGAUAUGCAAGUGAAGUGAUUUCUGUACUAAAACUGUGCAGAGUGGGGAAAAACUGUUUGAUCAAAAGCAAUAGUCCAGUUCAUGUGUAUCCUGGUGCUUUUUCUACAAGCCGGACUCCUGAACCUUGCCAAGCGCCUUUCUAAAUGUAGCUGUACUCUUCAUUUAUUUUCAUGUCUCAGUUAUUUGUAUUAUUACUCAAUACCGGAACCAAAUUCCUUGUAUAACUUAACAUACUUGACCAAUAAAUCUGAA